AUGACGCGUCUAAGAGGCAGAGCCUCUUUAAUGGUCAUUAUAAUGAUCAGCUUUACCCUGUUGAUUGUUAUUUAUCAUAUUCUCGGUAAUGAGGUCGAGGACAUCGCCUCCAAUAAGUUAAAUCCGCGAUUUAAAAUUGAAGAAGUUUACCCACUGAGUGACCUCACAGAGAAUCCUCAUAGCAUUGCCAGAAAACAGCAAAUAGAAGCUCAUAUUAUGGGAAAAUUGAAAAGUGGCGGUGGAAAGUUAUUCAGUGACUUCAAUUAUGGUAGAGUAUAUACUAAUACUGCUCCCUUAUAUAAAGGGCACAAAAUUGUGCACUUAGAUUUAAAAGGUGCUCCCCCUAAAGCAAGUUAUUACAAGUACCUGCUACGUUUGCUCAAGAAAUUAGGUGCCACUGGUAUACUUAUAGAAUACGAGGAUAUGUUUCCCUUUGAGGGAAUUAUACAAAAUAUCAGUGCAGGCAAUUGUUAUACCAAGAGAGACAUUGCCAAUAUCCAAAAGAUAGCUGAAGAAAAUGGGCUCAUUGUGAUUCCUUUGAUUCAAACCUUUGGUCAUAUGGAAUUUGUUCUUAAAUUAGACAAAUAUAAAGACUACAGAGAAGUGCCACGUUACCCACAAGUUCUGUGUCCUACUUAUAACAAAACUCUUCCACUGAUAUAUGAAAUGAUAGACCAAAUAAUGGAAUCACAUCCUGAUAUAAAGCACUUGCAUAUUGGAGCUGAUGAAGUUUAUCAGAUUGGAGAAUGCUCUAGGUGUUUAGAUAUGAUGGUUAAGAGACAAUGGGGUAAGAAACAGUUAUUCUUGGAUCAUGUCUCAAAAGUAGUAAAAUACAUAAAGAACAAGUACCCAGAUAUUAUAGUUCUCAUGUGGGAUGAUGAAUUUCGAGAAAUUUCACCUCAAGAAAUAAUGGAUAGUGGUUUACACGAUAUGGUGGAGCCUGUUGUUUGGAAAUAUACCACUGAUCCUGGAGCAACAUUAACAGAUCAAUUGUGGAAAAAUUAUGCGUCAGUUUGGAAGCAUGUUUGGGUUGCUACAGCUUUCAAAGGUGCUACUGCACCAGACAGAUAUUACACUGACAUUGGUUACCAUAUGGAGAAUCAUCAAAGAUGGUUAGAGAUAAUCAAUAGGUAUUCUACUGAAAUUACAUUUAAGGGUGUUAUCCUAACAGGGUGGCAAAGAUACGAUCAUUUCAGUGUUCUUUGUGAACUCUUACCUUCUGCCAUACCAUCACUUGCUGUAAACUUAGCAGUAUUGAGAGCUCCAGAUCUAAGUGGAUUUCCUAUAGAAGUACCUACCCAAGUAUUACAAGCGUUACAAUGCGAAGGCAUAAUUUCUUUAAGUAUUCCAGAGCCUCAGUAUGGUUGGACCAAAUGUAGUUAUCAUGGUAUAUCUAUUUAUGCAGCUAUAUUACGACUAUUUUCUCUAACUCAAGAAGUCACUAAAAUGGAACAGGAUAAUACAUUCAAAGGGUGGUUGAAACCGUACAAUUUGAAAUACUCUUUCUCAAAUCCUAGUCAUGUAGAGAGUGCAGUUGCUGAACUGGAUAGACACAAGAUGGAAAUUAUGUAUAUCGAAAAAGAUAUAAGAUCUACCAUGGAAAACAUAUACGACAAUUAUACCAUACAAGAAUGGCUAGAAACGUAUAUUGCUCCUUUAAACGAUAAAUUCAAUCAGCUAUGGGUGGCUAAGGAAAGGAUCUUAGAAAAGAAUGUAUGGCCAAGAAGACCUUUAACAAAAUCUGAUUUAUAG